AUGGAACAGCUCCUUGGGCCUUGUGAGCAAAUUUGCUCCUUGUGUAAAUCGCAACGUUUGUUUAGGUUGUCAAAGUAUGGUUGUGUAUUCACGUGCAAAUGCGAAACACCAUUAGAUUUUCAAAAGGCUUUAAAAUUAUUCAUUAGACAACUGGAAAUGGGCGUUUUCGAUCUUUCCUUUGUCCCUAUAAUUGAAGGUAUCUCUACCAGAGGGACUCUUGACGCAAAAAUUGCUGUGGUUGAGCUGGAGUGCCUGCAAAGGUUGGUCUCAUUUACUUUUUAUAACUUCUCUAAUAGUGACAUUGAAAAUAUCCUCAGUUCAUUUUCCUUGUCACUGAGGAUUCAGACGCUGAAAACUGCCAAUAAUCGCUUCUCAAUUCCAUUAGAGCUCCUCGAUUUUCUUGUCGAUGAGCUUCAGGCAAUUUCCCGUUACCCGUUAAGCAAUUAUCUAAUUAGCCAACCUUCUCAUGAGCUUGUUAGUGUUGUGCGCAGUCCUUCUCCGACAACACUACCGCCCUAUUUCCUUCCUGUGGAUUUGUGCCGAGUGCUGCAGAAACAUCAAAUUGAGGGCCUGGAACAAAUUCUUCGGUUUAGGGGUCGAGCGCUCUUGGCAGAUGAAAUGGGAGUAGGUAAGACUUUGGAGGCGCUUGCGGCUGUUUCUGCGUUAAAUGCGUUUCCAUUGCUGCUUGUGACCCCGUCCGCGUUAAAGGUUAUGUGGGCCGAUGAAAUUGAAAAAUACUUGCAUUCACAAGUUCAGGUUAACGAUGUUCAUAUUAUCAAGGGGUCAAACGAUGCAUUAGGUAGUGGUCAGAUCCCCAAGGUGGUGAUCGUCAGUUAUCACAUGGUUGCGGUUCUAGGGGAACAGCUAAUGCGGAGAAACUGGAAGUGUCUCAUCUGUGAUGAAAGUCAUUUUCUUCUUACGAAUGCGAACAAUUCUGACGCUCAUUAUACUCGACACUUGGUGAGUCUUGGGAAGCGAGUCCGCUAUUGCAUUCUUGUAAGCGGAACUCCCACCCUAGGAACACCUUUUACAAUGUUUAAUCAACUUGACAUGCUACUACCUGGUGUCUUUGGGAAAACACGAUGGCAUUUUGCAUUACAAUUCUGUCAUAUGCGUUUUGAUCCUUACAUACAGAUAUUAGAGUGUAUCCGGCCGAUAGAGUGCACUACCUUUCUUCGCGCCAAGUGUAUGAUACGCCGCCUUAAACGUGAUGUGCUUGAACUACCUCCUAAGAAGCGUAUUAUUCUUCGUGUAGCAUGUACUCUGAUGUCUAACGAAAAAAGUACUUUUCAGGAUCAAUACUCUUUGUGCUGGAGAAGGAAACGUAAAGGUAUUUUCGAGACUAUUGAGUAUUGUUGUCAAAAAUACGAAACACUUGUCCUCUUUGCACAUCAUUUGGCACUCAUUGAUGCCUUGGGAUUAUUUCUUGAUGACAAGCACAUUUCCUUCAUUCGAAUUGAUGGCCGUGUUGGACCAGAGCAGAGGGGCGAUCUACUCAUGCAGUUUGAGGGCGGAAAAGUGAAAGUUGCCGUUAUUGGGAUUACUGCAUGCGCUACUGGCAUAUCUCUGGCCUUGGCGCAAUGUGCCAUUUUUUGUGAGCUCCCGCCGGAUGCAUCGUGGAUGAUUCAAGCAGAAGAUCGCCUCCAUCGCCAGGGCCAGGAACGAGAGGUGAGUAUUUACUACAUUUUGGGUGUUCAUUCUGAAUUUGACAUGGCUCAUUUUUCUCGUAUCCUUGAAAACUAUCAACAAGUACGUAAGUUUGUAGAUGAUGAAAGUAAGGCAGUUUCUAUAUAUCACACAUCGCGAAUGGAUUCAUCUUUGCCGCGCUUCGCAUGCGUAGAUUCUAAUUGUGCAAACACAAGAAACACUACGUUUUCAUCUGUAUCAACAAACCAGCGAUUACUUUUUCUUAUCAGCAAAAACACGGGACGCAUCCAUGUCAAGAACCCUAUUAAUGAUUCGUUUUAUAUCACAUUCUCAAUGGAAGAGGCAAUAGCAUGUGUUCGAAAUAGAAGCCAUACAAUUUGGGAUCAAUUGGAUCGUUUCCUCUUGUCAUUAGAAAAACAUUCCCUGUUUUAUAAGCGACAGAUGGUUAAUAAUGUCAUGUGGUGUUCUAGUGACUUUAAAAUUAAGAACUCAGAAUCUCUAACGGGAACAUCAAUACGUUAUCUUUCUUCGCUGAAAAUCGGAUGGGGGUUUUGGUGGCAGGUAAAACGGCAAGGCUUUCGCAAAAACCUCUAUUAUUUUACCGGUUUGAAGCAUAUCGGCUCGCUUUACAUGCCAUUGUGUCUAAAUUGCUCUUGUCUCUUGAAUAUUUCAGGUAACUUUUCCCCAGGUUUGGUGUUUGAGUUGGAAACAGAUGUGGUUAUGUUUUGCAAUGGAAAAUGCAGGGAGGCAUUUUUCAUGAAACGGUCCAGCGGGUCGAUUCGACGUAGCGUGUCGAUUGUGGAUCGUGGCAAUUGUGCAAAUUGUCAUGUAAACUGCGAGUUACUCUGUAUGUUGAUGGCCAACGCGCAACACAUCGAUGAGAGAGAGGAGAUUUUGCGGAAACAUCACCCACAGUUUGCACUCUUUCCGCGCUUGUAUCGUAACUUCGUGAAUAAUCCUACUCCAGGCAAUUGCUGGCAUGCCGACCACAUCAUACCAGUUUCUCAUGGGGGAGGCCAAUCAACAUUGGAUAAUAUCCAAACAUUAUGUGUGGUUUGUCAUGCACUAAAAACAAGUGAAGAUAUAAAGUAUUGUUCAUUUCAAAUUCAGCAUCCUAAACCCCAAAAAGUUGAUACAACAGUAGUCUUUGCAUUAGAACAUCUGCACAGCGUUGGGGGUGGAAGGGUCUCUAGCAGGCGCCACCGUUAA